AUGGGGGACUUGUCGUCGCUGGGUCUGUCCGACUGGCUGAUUAAACAGUGUAAACAGCUGGGAAUCAACAAACCCACUCCAGUCCAGGAAAACUGUUUACCACCUAUCCUCGCAGGUCGGGACUGUAUGGGCUGUGCCAAAACCGGAAGUGGGAAGACAGCAGCCUUCGUGUUGCCAGUGCUGCAGAAACUGUCAGAGGACCCAUAUGGCAUCUUUUGCCUCGUGCUCACUCCCACCAGGGAGCUGGCCUAUCAGAUCGCAGAGCAGUUCAGAGUUCUGGGGAAGCCUCUGGGGCUGAAAGACUGCAUUAUCGUCGGUGGAAUGGACAUGGUGAGCCAGGCCAUGGAGUUGUCCAACAAGCCUCACGUGGUUGUGGCGACGCCAGGCCGGCUGGCUGAUCACAUCCGCAGCUCCAACACCUUCAGCAUGAGCAGGAUACAGUUCCUGAUUUUGGAUGAGGCCGACCGGCUGCUGGAACAGGGCUGCACUGACUUCACCAAAGACCUGGAGGUGAUCCUGGGGAUCCUACCGGCCAAACGCCAGACGCUGCUGUUCAGCGCCACCCUGACGGACACCUUGCAAGAACUGAAGAAGAUCGCCAUGAACAAGCCUUUUUUCUGGGAGAGCACAUCGGAGACGCGCACAGUGGAGGAGCUGGACCAGAGAUACAUCCUCACCCCAGAGAAGGUUAAGGACGCCUACCUGGUCCACCUGAUCCAAACGUUUAACGAUGAGCACGACGACUGGGCGAUCAUCAUCUUUACCAACACGUGCAAGAGCUGCCAGAUUCUCACAAUGAUGCUGCGGCAAUUUAACUUUCCAACAAUUUGCCUGCACUCCAUGAUGAAACAGAAACAGCGAUUUGCAAACCUCGCCAAGUUCAAGGCCAGCGUCUACAAGAUCUUGAUCGCAACCGACGUGGCUGCCAGGGGUCUGGAUAUUCCAACCGUCCAGGUGGUCAUCAACCACAACACGCCUGGCCUGCCCAAGAUCUACAUCCACAGAGUGGGACGAACAGCUAGAGCAGGGAGGAACGGAGUGUCCAUCACUCUGGUGACUCAGUACGACAUCCACCUGGUUCACGCCAUCGAAGAGCAGACGAAGAUAAAGCUGAAGGAAUAUUCCGUGCAGGAGAAGGAAGUCCUGAAGAUCCUCACACAGGUCAACGUGACCCGGAGGGAGUGUGAAAUAGACCCGGAGAUGGAGGCCAAGAGGAAGGCUGAGCUGGAGAAAAUCCGGAGCCAGAAGAAGAAGUUUAAACAGAAGAUCCAGGAGACCAUUCAGAAGCAGAAACAGAGUCAACAGAGAAAGACACAGACGAGGACAAAACAGACCCAACAGAAAAAAGCUGAGUCAUCAUCAACCUGA